AUUUUCUGCUCACUGUCGCUUUGAGUGAAGUGGGUUUUACGCACGGGGCCGGAGUGGAGUUGAUCAAAGGUAGACAUCUCUCCGGGGAAGAGGAGUGAUAAUAUAGCAUUCAGAAUAACAGUUUACGUAGCCUAGUGAGUUCUAAAGUUACAGAUCAAUUUAAAGUUCAUGACGGCAGUUUACUUCUUAAAUUAAAGUAAAAAGUAGUGAGUCACGGGUGUCUCACUAUUAACACUAGCGGUUCAUUGUACACAUCGUUGGACAGAAUGACCACCACCAUGGAAAAAGCAAACAACUUUCGCAUUGAUGCGCUUCUGGCGCAUGACGCUGAACAGAGGACUGACAGUGACGGUGCGUCCCCGGGGCUGUACUACAGCAGGAGCCCCGGAGGCAGUCCGGUGUCACCCCGCGGCUCAGAGACGCCUUCCCCUCAUACAAACCCAACAAACUCCUCUCCAAUCCAUCAUGGAGUUCUCUCCAAAUCUCAGUUCUUCAACUUAUCCCAGUCCGGAUUCGCUGCUCUGCACCAAGGGGGUCUCCUCGGUAUGCACCCAGGCUCCAUGUAUCCUCUAGCGGCCCUCGGAGGCCAACACCACGCCUUCAUAUACCCCGGCCUUACACAGCUGGUCCAUCCGUACCAAGAGCAACUGAAAGCGGCCACCAUGGCCGCGGCGCACCCGCUGGAGCCCUGGAUCAGAGCCGGGAUGAUGAUACCAAGAGUGGGAGAUUAUGGUGGUCAUUCUCAGGCGGGUCUGUUGGGGAAGUGUCGAAGGCCCAGGACAGCUUUCUCCAGCCAGCAGCUGCUUGAGUUAGAAAACCAGUUUAAGCUGAACAAGUACCUGUCCAGGCCUAAACGCUUCGAGGUGGCCACUUCCCUCAUGCUGACCGAGACUCAGGUUAAGAUCUGGUUCCAGAACAGACGUAUGAAAUGGAAGAGAAGUCGCAAGGCCAAGGAGCAAGCGUCACUCACCUCCUCACUGACUGACAAAGAAAGGACUGGGAUGGAUUUGCAAAAGCCUCAGAGUGAUUCCCACAGCUCCAGCCUGGAGGAUGAAGAGGAGAUCGAUGAGGAGGAAGAGGGGGAAAAAGAUGAGAUUGAGGUGCUGGGGGAAGGUUCUAUGGGCCCUGAAGCCUUCGUUAGGCAUUCUGGAGGAGGACCAGUUAACUACAGGUCCUACUCAGAGGGGGAGCUGGAGGAGAGAGGCCUAGGAACAAGAAGUAUUGUUUUCCCAUAGUUAUGUUGUUCAGCAUGUUUAUAUUGUUCAUAUAUAUUUAAUGCUCUUUUGAAGAAAAUACAGAACACAAACGGGUGCACAAACAUUGUGACAUGAAGAAAUGUACUGAUUUUUCACAGCUCCACCUGAAUCUAUUUGUAUCUGGUGAUUCCAAAUUAGCACAAAAUAUAUCAACGACUGCACAUUGGCUGAGAUGAAAACUGAUGACAGCAAAAAUUGGACAUCUGGAUCGUGACCGCAGGAUCAACAGAUGAUUCUGAUUUGGUAGAUGCAUUUUUAUUCAACCAGUUCACUUGAAAUCCUUUUCCCCUGCAUUGUCAUCUGCAAUAGUUUUAUUUAUCUACGAACGUACAUGUACUUACUUUUAUGUAUUGGGGAAUAUAGCACUUCCAUUAACAACAGUGGAUAAAGAGAAAAUAAAUUAACUUGGCGAUUCAUGAAGUAAUUAUUGUUGUGUUACAUUGUUAACAGUGCAUCCCUGUCUGUUACAGCUGCUCUUCAAAUAUUCCAUCAAUAUGCAAAACUAAAAAAAUAUUCAAUACUUUGGCUAAAUGGAUUAUUUUUUAUAUAAUAUUCGGCUCUUUGUAUGGUUCUAUAUAGCUGAAACAGCAUGUUAUUUCACUGUAUCAACUUAAAGUUAAAGUUAAGGACACACAUGUGCACAUACACACACACACACACACACACACACACACACACACACACACACACACACACACACACACAAGGGCACAUGGGAGCAAUGAAAAAUGGCUGCAUGUACUGUAUUGUUUUGGGGUGUUUUUGUUAAUAUGAUAUUUUACUUGUAUUUUGUGACCUGUUAUGUUGUCUUAAUAAUUUAAUAUAAUAUAAUUUAAUAUAUUAAAGUUUGUAAUAUGUCCUGGUAGAAAGAUUCAUUCAUGUGUUGAUAAAAAAUAAAUUCAGACUGAA